AUGGAUAACAUCAGACGGUUUAAUGACAUCAUAGUGAUAUAUUAUGAAGUACUAGACAGUGAGAUGAAAAUCCCUGAAGCUAAUAAAGCCACAUUUGAUAAGAAGAGAUAUGAGGAGGACUCCGAGUGGACACUCAUGGACCAUGAGGUAUAUGCUAUACCAAAAUCUGAGUAUCGUCCAAGAGUUAUUGUGAACGGAACAAGAACGUUCCAUUACUUCUCUUGCCGUCAUUGUAGCCGUACAGUUCAGCCCCGAAACUAUGAUCUGUAUGGCCCUUUAUGUUCUUUAUGUUCUAGAGAGAUCAAUCUACACGAUCAGCUUGACGUUAUGAGGCCUUAUUGGGAACUCGAUACCGAUACAGACACCGGCUGUCAACUGGUCAAUACCGAUGAACUUGUUGAUGUCAUGCCUAACAAACGGUUGGGUCAACCACCGGCCUCUUUACCCGCCAUCGAGGCUGUAAAGACGGUGACAAUCACAGAAGAAGAUUUGGCGAAAGUGAAGGUUUGUGCGAUAUGCAAGGAGGAGUUUGAAGUUGGGGAGGAAGGAAAAGAGUUGAAAUGUUUGCAUUUAUACCAUCCAAGCUGCAUUGAGUCUUGGUUGAAUAUUCAUAAUACUUGUCCUGUUUGUCGAUUUGUGGUUAACUUAGGUAUUUCCGAAAGUAACUUGAACGGAGGAGGGUCUGACCACGUCGAAAAUGAUCGAUCAAAUAGGCGUCGGAAUCGGGUUCGUUCUUUGUGGCCGCCUCUUCGAAUGAUGUUUGAUUGGAUACGUAAUAGGUAG